AUGUUUCCGAUAGUUAAUGAGGAAUUGAAGAAUUCAGAAUCUUCAGUUUCUAUCAAGGCAGCUAAGGAUCCUCGAAGCGACCUCCUAAGCUGUCCAACAGUGGCAGCCCUUCCUCCAACGCCGCAGAUAGAUAUGUGUGUCUCUCAAAUUUACGUCUUCGUGGCUGCGCUCAAACACUUUAUCUUCGAAUACCUGUAUUUGCGGAAUAAUCCCACACCACACACUUUCUGUAGACUCAAUCAAUUUCGGGCCUCUUCAAAUGCAAAGAGAGAUACAGAAUGGUAUGGGGCCCAUACAUGGCUAGAGGAAUUUAUCUAUGAUAUCAUCACUCAAAACCUCAAAAUAAACAGAUUAAAACAUCCCGAGCACUACAGUAACUACGCCAAAAAAAUACAGGAGGGCAAAUUUAAAACUCCCCUUCAUGUGAUUUCUAGUAUGUAUCUAAAGUUUAUCACCAAAAGGUGCUUCGGUGAACAAACCAGACCCAUAGGCAUGAUCCUACUCCAGCCAUUUACCUUGAAGUGCAUACAUUACACGACUCUACCUUUUCAUAAGAUGACUGGGGAUUCCGGGUAG